AUGAAAAAUCGAAAAUAUUGUGCGGUUUGUCAUCAACUUGGUGAUGGAACACAUUUUGGCGCGAUUGUUUGCAAGUGAGUUUGAUUUUUAAAAGUGUUUAUGUGUAUUACUGUAGCUACCGUACUAACCCUUAACUUUGAGACCCAUAUUUUCAAUCUGUCAAUUUCUCAUUAACAGAGCCUGCGCUGCAUUUUUCAAACGAACCACAACAUUAAAAUUGGAUUUCAAGUGCCGAAAAGAAAAUGAGAAAUGUGUUAUCAAAAUGAGCAGCCGGGAUAGUUGCAAAAAAUGUAGAUAUUUGAAAUGUCUAGCCGUUGGCAUGAAAUUAUUAUCAGAAGAUCAAACAGUAUCUCUUUGUGACUCAUCUUCUCUCGAUUGCGUUCCAAGUUGUUCACCAAGAAGUCCAAAAUUUGACACAAAAUUGGAUCAAUUCCAAACACCAACUCUAUUCAAACUAUACAGUAAUUAUCAGAAACUUUGCUCGACUCGAUUCAACCUUCAUUAUCGAAAUAUCUCCAAUUCCUCUCCUCGUCCUUGCACUCAUGAAGAAUUUCAGAAAAUCUAUAUCGAAGAUGUGAAAUUGCAGAAUAUAUUUUUAGAAGAAUCAUAUGAUGAGUACAAAAAUAUGGGCAAUUUGGAAAAACAACGGGUCUUCAAGCACUUUUUUGUGACGUUUAUGAUGACUGAAAUGGGUUUUAGAACUCAUUCUGAAGGAAGAUAUAAUAAUUUCGUGGUUGCGAAUGGUGAUUAUAUUGAUCUUAAAUCUCUUGAUACAUUUUAUCAUAAACCGGAUGAAAAUAGAAGGUGCAAACCGACAGAUGCUGUUAGGUAAGAAAAAAAGAUGAGGUGCAUAUUUUCAACACCGAAUUUCAGGAUUUACCAGCCAGCUUUCACUCAAAUGAAAAGAAAUAUCGUUGAUCCAUUUAGCGAGAAAAAAUUAUCAAUCAUCGAAUUCCUCGCCCUUGUUUCAUUGUCAGUUUGGAAUGAAUCAAUCGAUAAUAAUCCAACAGAAUUCUAUCAAAAUUGCCAAUCAGUGAAGGAAAAAACUAUUCGAGAUUUGAUAACUUAUUAUGAGCAAGAUAUAAAUGAGCCCGAUCCAUUAUUCCGUCUCGGCUCAAUUUUAAUGCUGCUCCCUUCAAUUGAAAGAUCAAUUCAAUUAUUUGUUCAACAUGUUGAAUUUAAAAAUAUGUUUCAAUGUUAUGCGUUUCAUCAAAGAUUGUAUGAAAUUAUUCAUGAUGUAUGUUAAUAAUAAUAAUAAAGUUUUGUUGUUUGUUUCAAGUUGGUGCCAAAAUAUUUUUGCACCCAAAGAGCACCUGACAUUACUCACGAUGUGUAUUGCUCCAAUGCACCCCCACUCACUUGUUUUUCGGUCUUCUUCUCAAGUUAAUGCUAACAUAAGUUUCGACAUUUACGGAAAACUAUCGAGUUUCUCUCAUUUUACUAUGUUUUACAAGUGCGUAGUUGUUUUUGCUCUCAAUAUUCUAUUUCUGAAUUCGCAGACUUUGACUAAAGAACAAGAUGAAGCUUAUGAUAGUUUUAUGGAAAAUCAGGAUCGGCUAACAAAGGAUCUGUUCCAAAAUUAUAAUCCAGAUUUUACUACGAUCUAUACUUUGCGUAAGUGCUUUUUCAGAACUUUCGGAGAAGAAAUUAGAGGUCUUUACAGGAAGUUCAAAUUCUGUGAAUCUUUCGGAUUCAUCCCAUCCUCCCCCAUUAAAUAUGAACUUCAAAUGUCGAAAUAUAAAACUAGUAGAUGUUGUUGAACGAGAAGAAAAAGUUAGUUUUCUUUUUGAUUGGAUUGCUGAAUGGGAAGAUCGAAGACUUCGAUGGAAUCCAGCGGAUUACGGUGGCAUUGAGCAUUUCUACACACUUCAGAAAAAUGUUUGGAAACCAGAGAUUACUGUGUCCGAUGCUCACGAUAUAGUUGAUUUCCAACCCGAAAGUCAGAAGAUUGCAUGGAUAAAUUCAAAUGGAACUGUUGGAUUCUAUCUCUCGAUCAUAGUUUCAGUUAUCUGCGAACUCGAUGUUUACAGAUUCCCAAGAGAUACUCACACUUGUUCAGUGAAUAUUAUGUUUCACGCGUAUUUCAAAAACGAGUAUCAUAUAACGAAUGAACCAGUUGAUUUACCUGAGCCAGCUUCGCAAUUAGGAAAUGGUGAAUUCCAAAUUCUAGCAAUCAAUACAUCUACUCAAAUCUCACCACCAGGAGAUGCUGAUAUUGUGAGUUUCUUGUUAACUUUUACUCGGAAAAUUGAGUAGAAUUUUUAGCAAAAAAUCAAUGUAACAUUCCGAAGAAAUCCAGGCUUUUAUAUCUCGCUGAUCAUGAUUCCUGCACUUUUCAUUAAUGUUUUAAGCAUUGUGGCGGUAUUUGUAAACGUUGAAAAUAUUCCAGAGAAGGUAAUUCACAAAACAGUUUUGAAUCAAAAAAAAAUAAUUUCAGUUGACAAUUGGUCUUACGAAUAUCAUGGCAAUGACUUUUAUCCUCUCAAUUCUUGCUGAUGAUCUACCAAAAACUAAGAAAAUCCCACUUCUUGCAAUUUAUGUGAUACUUUCUUUAGUGAUAAUUGUUGCUGCAAUAUGUUGUGUUGUGAUUCUAAAAUACGUUCGGAAGAUGAAAUGGUACGUGGAUCAAAAAUAUUUGCAACAACAGAAGCAGAAGAUCGACUAUCUUUUCAUGGCAAUUUUCCAAAUUGCUAACAUCUUAAAUUUUAUGAUACUCUACUUUUAAUCUCAAUAGGGCUGAUUCACGAACGAAAAAAUGUUAAAAAAUGUUUUUUUAACAUCGAAAGAUCAAUUCACGAAAAGUCAAAAAAUGUCGAGAAAACAUUGUAGGUCAAAAUUAGUUUUUCGAGUUUUUCAGCCAAAAAUGAUGACAAAUCAAUAUUUUUUAAGCUUCUGGAGUAAUUUCUGAUUAAAAUUGACCUUGGAAUUCACUUUUCAGAAGGUUUUGCUGAUUUUUCGUAAAAUAAAAAUUUUUUAAAUUUUUAUGAAUUUCGAAAAAAUUCAUAAAAUAAAGCAAAAUAGGGUUCUCGAAGCUUAUUUUCAUCAGAAAUUACUCCAGAAGCUUGAAAAAUAUUGAUUUGUCAUCAUUUUUGGCUGAAAAAACUCUAAAAACUAAUUUUGACCUACAAUGUUUUUUCGACAUUUUUUGACUUUUCGUGAAUUGUUCUUUCGAUGUUAAAAAAACAUUUUUUAACAUUUUUUUCGUUCGUGAAUCAGCCCUAAUUAUUUUCUUGAUUUUUUUGUGGUACAAAUAAAAAAUUUACUCUUUUUUGUUUGAACGUCGACAAGUUUCGAAUUUCCAUCUCAUUUUCAAAUGUUUUCGAAAUGCGUUUUAUAUUUUGUUCUGGUUGUAGUUUCCGAAUCUCAGAAUCAGAACCUAACAAGAGAUCAGGAUGAGUCAUACGAUAAAUUUCUUGAAAAUCAAGACAGGUUGACUAAAGAUUUAUUCAAAAACUAUAACCCCGACUUCACAACAAUUUAUACGUUGCGUGAGUUUUUGAAACGUGGCAAAUAAUUUCUAAUUUUUUAAUUUUGAAAUCUGAUCAAUCUUCAGAUAGUUCAAAAUCAAUCAAUUCAUCUGGAUAUAACCAUCCUCCCCCGUUAAAUUUAAAUUUCAAAUGUCGAAUGUUGAAACUAAUCGAUGUUGUGGAAAAAGAGGAAAAAGUUACUUUUCUGGUAGAUUAUCUUGCUGAAUGGCAAGAUCGAAGACUUCGAUGGAAUCCAAAGGAUUAUGAUGGAAUUGAACAUUUUUACACACUUCAGAAAAAUAUCUGGAUUCCAGAAAUCACAAUUGCUGAUGCGUAAGUUCGAAGAACUUGUAGAAAAGCACAUGAAAAUUGUUUUCAGCCAUAAUGUGAUUGAUUUCCAACCCGAGAGUCAAAAAAUUGCAUGGAUAAAUUCAAAUGGAACUGUUGGAUUCUAUGUGUCAGCUGUAGUUUCGGUUAUCUGUCAACUCGAUGUUUACAAAUUCCCACGAGAUAUUCAUACUUGUUCAGUCAAUGUUAUGUUUCAUUCAUAUUUCAAAAAUGAAUAUCAGAUAACAAAUGAACAAAUCGAUUUGUCACAGCCAAUUUCAGAAUUAGGAAAUGGCGAAUUCCAAAUCUUAUCCAUCAAUACUUCUACUCUCAUUGCAGAUCCAAGAAAUGCAGAUAUCGUUAGUAAAUAAACAAUUCUCGCUGAUGUUUUAUAAUUAAUUUUUUCAGCAAAAGGUCAACGUAACAUUUCAAAGAAAUCCAGGAUUCUAUAUCGCUCUGGUAAUAAUUCCUGCCUUAUUCAUUAAUGUUUUGAGCAUUGUGGCGGUAUUUGUAAACAUUGAAAAUAUUCCAGAAAAGGUGAGCUACAGUAUAGAAACCGGAAAAAAUACGUAAAUACUACAUAAAAUGGAAUAAUUUCAGUUCACAAUUGGUCUUACAAAUGUGAUGGCGAUGACUUUUGUUCUCUCAAUUCUUGCCGAUGAUCUACCAAAAACCAAGAAACCUCCCCUUCUCGCAAUCUACGUCAUCAUUUCUCUCGUCAUAAUUGUUGCCGCAAUAUGCUGUGUAGUUAUUCUAAAAUAUGUUCGGAAGAUGUCUUGGUAUUCAAAUCAGAAAUAUUUGCGACAACAGAAAAUCAAGAUCGAUUAUUUUUUCAUGAUCAUUUUUCAAAUAGCUAAUUUUCUAAAUUUCCUUGCACUAUUUUUCUGAUGAAAUAAAAUACUUUUAAAACAAAAAAAUGUCUGUGAUGCGUCAAGUUACAUAAACUUACUAUGCAAAGUUUUAAGCUUUUUCCGAUAAUUAUUUUCUUUCUAGUGAUAUUCAAUACCCAUGGUUUAUCAGUUGAUGAAAAUAUAAGUUAUCGUAGAUUUUUGAGCGAACAGAAAAGAUUAUUCAAAAAUCUUUUCGAAGAUUAUGAUGCAGACAUCAGUGCACUCUAUACUUUAACAAAUUCUUCAUUCGUCGAUGAAUAUUCAAUUCAUCCUCCAAAACUAACAUUAUAUCUUCAAUGUCGAAUGAUGAAAUUGAUAGAUGUUGUUGAAAAAGAGGAAAAGGUUACAUUCUUAUUUGAUUACGUGGUUCAAUGGCAAGAUAUUCGUCUUCAAUGGGAUCCAAAUGAUUACGGUGGAAUAACACAUAUCUAUGUGCAGCAGAAAAAUAUAUGGAUUCCGGAAAUCACUUUAUCCGAUGCGUAAGUUGUUAGUUUAGAAAAAUCUAAUGAUCUUUUAGCCACGAUGUGAUAGAUUUCCAAACUGAUCAACAAAAAACUGCGUGGGUUUACUAUAACGGUUCCAUCGGAUUUUAUACAUCUAGUGUUCCAUCUGUGAUUUGUCAAAUGGAUGUUUUCAAAUUUCCAAUGGAUUCUCACAUUUGUUCAGUCAAUAUACAAUUUCACACUUAUCUUCUAGAUGAAUACAAAAUGAUAAAUCAACCAGUAAAUAUUCCCCAACCUGUUGGAUAUUUGGGAAAUGGUGAAUGGAAAGUGGAAUGGGUUAAUGCAACAAUGUGGGAUACAGAGGGCGUUGUCGCAGAUAUUGUGAGUUUUUUCCAAAACGUACGUUACGUAAAACAAUUUUCUCAAUUUUUCUAGCAACAAGUUCAAGUGAAAAUCAAAAGAAAUCCAGGAUUCUACAUCGCACUCGUCAUUAUUCCCGCAUUUUUCAUCAACAUUUUGACAGUUUUCGCCUUAUUCUACAAAAUCGAAGCACUUCCGGAGAAAUUCAGUCUAGGAUUAACAAAUAUUAUGGCAAUGACUUUUAUCAUCGCAAUUCUAGCUGAUGAUCUACCAAAAACCAAGCAAAUUCCACUUCUUGCUAUUUAUGUGAUAGUCAGUCUUGUCAUAACUAUCUUUUCCUUAUUUUCAAUUAUUAUUCUUGUCAAGAUCAAAAAGUUGAAAUGUUAUGAAGGCGGUCAAAAACUGAAAUUUGAAUACGUUUUGAUGUUUGUGUUUCAACUUGCUAAUUUCGUCAACUUCAUAGUUUUGUUCUUCUGA